CAUCCGCCGUCCCUCCGCCUCAUGUUCCAUCAUCACGUGGGAAGAUAGCCCCGGGGUCCUCCUAACAGUAGCAACGCAACAGUACCUCUUUUGGCUCGCCGAGAGGGGAAGCUGCCAGUCGUCAGACGGCGUGGGAGCUGGGCAGAGCUCGAGUUCGCCGCCAACACCCCUGUGACUGUCGCCUGCUGGGAAGUUGUCUUGGAAGGACCCCAGUCGCCAGAAUCGCCCCUCUUCCUUUCGGACAACAAUGAGACUCCUCGCUGGGCGGCUCACCGGCUCCGCGCUGUUGCUGGUGGCGCUUGUUCCUUUCUGCCUUGCCGUGCAGUCGGGGAGUUCCAAUGGAACACAGACGAUCACCCCCACUGCUCACCAAUCAAAUUCUUCAGCACCAAAUAAGACAAACACACCAGCAAGCAAUAUCUCCACCAUCUCCACCACCGCCACCAUCACCACUACCACCCUCACCCCUCCCCGAAGUACAUCUGCCACUCCUGCUGUGCCUUCUAAGCCCACAGGCUCCACCAUCAAGCCUGUGAGCGGAAGCUCUGCUAAACCCAAACCCGAGAGUACCAAGACUGUGCCGCCUGUCAUUUCUACAACAGCCACUCCAAAAGCCUCAGCAGCUCAAGGCAAAUCAUCAGGGUUCAAUGUGGGCAGCUUCAUAGGUGGCAUUGUGUUGACGCUGGGCCUUCUUGCCAUUGGCUACGUUGGAUGCAGAGCCUACCAUGUUAAAAGGGGUGUUCAGUACCGAACCAUUGAUGAACAUGAUGCAAUCAUUUAAAGUGGAUUCUUGGAAGACAAAGGUGAACCUCUCACUCUUCCCCUGCUUUUAGAAACAACUUAGUCCAUAAAAUGUGCCUUAAUAGAAGCAUUGGUCACAGCCUACACAGUGUGUUGGGUUUCUUUGUCGGCACACAGAUCCCUUUAAGCCUCUGAGGAAUACCUCCAAGUGUCUUCAAUGAAGAGUUCCAGGAAAUAUCUACAUAACUUGUACCUGGUUAUAUAAAGAAAGGAAAAGGAUUUAGGUUAAAGUUACUACCACUCCGCUGUUAUGCACAGAAAACUGAAGACAUCCACUCCACCCCAGAGCACGACCUGUGAACACAUUUUAUACCACUCCGUAAACUGUAUGGUCAUUGUGUAUGACAGAUAAACCAAAGCGUGCUGGACAAACAACAAAGUCUCAUUUUCAAAGAUGGUGGGUGACUCCAAAAGCAACAUUUUCAGUUUGUAUUACAUUUGGGGGUGGGGGGAGAUUGUGUGUGUCUUAUUUUUUUAAAUAAUGUGGGGAAUUGCAUGCUUUGUGUGUGCCUUUGAUUUUUAAGAAAGCAAAUGCAAGGGUGUGUGUUGUGUGUGUGUGUGUGUGUGUGUGUAUUUGGGGGAGCUUGCUUUUUUGUUUGCAUUGGGUGGGGGGAUUGCAUGUUAUAACUGUUAUUUUUGAAAACAACAAUGAAUACAUUGAUGCUGUUCACAUGCGUGACCUAACCCAGGAGAGGGACACCCAGCCUGGGUUAGGCUGCCCGUGAGAACUGCCUGGAUUGUGCCUGAUCCCGGUGGGACAGCACCACCUAGCCCCACUUUUUACCCCAGCUGUUAGCUGAGAUUAAGUGAGCGGGUGCUCCCAAUCCUGAGCUAACUGUACAUGUGUUCGCUGAGGCUAUGUUUAACUCCAGUGGAAACAGAGAUGGGCAUCUAGUGUGCCCAUCUCUUGGGGGAAUCCCCCAGUGCGAUGUGUGUGUCAUGCAUUGCAUUGUGGGAUUCACGGAGGCCCGAACAAGAAGUUUAAGCCCCGGAUCUCUCAUGGCGGAGCGUGCAGCGCACUCCCACCACCAGUCCCUCGAUUGUCCACAGGGAACGUAAACUUUUUGGAGCCUUCCCCGCCCACCUUCUUGAUCGUGAGAAUCUAUCAUGAGAAUCAUCCCUCUUCUGUGUACCAAGACCCAUUGAGUUUGAAGUGUAGUUUGAGACCCAGGACAUGAACAAGAUUGUGCUUUCCAUAGAGGCAGAUUCACACAACCUUUUCCUGUUUUGACAUGGUAAAGGUCGUGUGAGUGUGCUGAAUCUUUACUGUGAGACACAUUGACACAAUCUUGCAGUGUUUUGAGGGCAAGAUCAGCUUCCAGUUUGAAGACAACUUGGAACAGUGCAGUGGACUGUAUAGGCCUGAGUCUAUACAGAUUGAAUUCUCCUAGUUAAAAAUGAGUUCAUGAGGGCUACGAAUUGGCUCUUAGGGAGCGAACCAUGCAUUAGCAGCCUACAUAAUACAUACACUUGUGUGAUUAUUACAUCACCUGUGUUCAUGCUCACAUGUGCUUUACAUCAUCAGGGAGAAAGAAAUUUGUCAGAAGGUUUCCACUGAGAAGAAUUUAAACUUGAAUAUACCUACUUGUAUAAACUUAGGAUGGGGCUAGGCAAUAGUUUUAAGGACAGUUCACAGCGGUUUGAGAUCAGCUUUGCUUUUUGUGAUGUGCGCAACAUUUCAUUCAUCCCACUGUCACCUCUAGACAAAGCAUUUAAAAUGCAAUUGUGUUUUUCAGAUUUUUAGCAAAAAUAGUGCCCUCUUAUAAAAGUCGAUUGCCCCUCUGUCAGGUGUUACCCAGAGACAAAGCAGUAGGCAAACAUCAAGUAAUUAAAGAUGCAAGGGGUCUAGGCGAAUUGUUCAUCCAGUACACCUUUGAACAAAUACAUCCUGGAUCUGCACUUGAUAGAAUUCCAGGAAUGCGGCCCAAAUACACAAAUAUGUCUCACCAGCAUUAUGUCAAGCUACAAAACUUGUUUAUCAGAAGCAAUAGUGGGAUGAGGGUGCACACCGCAAGGAGCAAUCUUUUUCAAAAGUGCCUCCAACUCUCUGGAAAAACUACUAUUCUAUGAGGCUGUUCACACGAUGGGAGAAAAUCGGGCUAGCAGAGGCUAGCCCGAUUUUCUCCCAUUGUGUGAACCACCAGGCUUGGCUACGAGCCCAGUGGUUCUUCAGCAGGUAACCCAGUAAAGUACCCCUGCCCUUAAACCAGGUUUGCGGAGAGAGCGCUCCGCAAAUCUGGUUUUUUUUACUUGUGUGUUGCUGCGGCACAGCUCUGCACCGCGGCAACUCAUGAGUAGACUGGGAGUCUGAAAAGCAACCUCUUGGCUUGGGGGUCUUUCCAGCAUGCCCUGCACACUCGCACAGGGCAUGCUGGAGCUUCUGGGGGCCAUGUGGCCCCCAAUCCCCCCAGCCCCGCAAAGGAGGCAGCAGUCGUGUGGGCAGCUGAUCCUACCGCCCUGCUCGUCUGCGGGGAGAGCGUGCUAAGCCCGCUCUCCCUGCUAACCCCCCAUGGCUCUUCUCACAGAUUGUGAGAAGAGCCUCUAUGUCUCCAACAUUAUUUGGUUUCUGCUGAGAAGCUUAAUGCAGUUUUCACAGUAGCAACAUAGGAAGCUUCCUUACACCAAGACAGACCAUUGGUCCAUCUAGCUCAGUGUUGUCUGCAUAGACUGGCAGCAGCUUCUUCAAGGCUGCAAGGCAGGAGUCAGCCCUAUCUUGGAGAUGCCAGGGAGGUAAUUUGGGACCUUCUGCAUGCAAGCAUUCAGGUGCUCUUACAAGAACAGCCCCACCCCCUGAGGGGAAUAUCUUACGGUGCCCAUGCAUGUAGUCCCCCGUUCAGAUGCAAACCAGGGUGGGCCCUGCUUAGCAAAGUCAUGCUUGCUGUCACAAGACCAGCUCUCUCUACAGUGGGAGAGAAACCCACUGUCCUGACCUGUGCAUAUUCCUUUCCUUUAAAACAAAAAACAAAACCUCUUUCAGGUUUAUUGUCUUCUAGUACUGUAUCCUGCUGUCUUCUUCGGAGCUUUCUCCAAAGCUCCUGAAAGUAAGAAGAAAUCCUCUAACCCCACUGUAUAGGAGUUCAACAUGACAUACACAUAUGUCUCUUCCAACCUUUCAGUGUAGUUAAUCCUAAAUUAUUCUGAAAUCUGAGCAAGGUCAACCAAACUGUUGUCCCUGUUUUUCUUUUGUGCAUGUGUGUGGCAAGGAAAUGAAAUGGGCACAAUAUGUGUUACUUCACCUGCUGUAAUGUGAUCACGACUUUGGUGGCUCCAAAGGACCCUACCUGUAAAUUUGAAAGUGUAAGGAGGACCAGUUCCUACACUUUUCUUAGAUGCUAUAGUCGUCAUACAGAACAAUACUUUCUAUUCAUACAUAUGUUUCUGGUCUGGUGCAUAGGAAUGUCAAAAGCUCAGGUCCACAUGAUUCACAUACAUGCUUUGGAGGUGUCAGUUAUAUGGAAAAGAUGCGAAAGCCGUUUCCUAGACCAAGAAAGGGCUAGACUAGUAGACCUCAAAGGUGCUUUCCAACUCUGACAAGGCUGCACAACUUUGGCCUGCCAGCUAUUUUUAGAGUACAGUUCCCAACAUCCCCAGCCAUAGUGACUAAUAGGGAUUGUGGUAGUUGUAGUCCAACAUCUUCAGGAGGACUGAAGUUGUGACACCUUGUUCUGUGACAUGGUACAGGUCCCCCUCCCAUCUCACAGGUAACGCGUGUGUAUGUUAGAUGUGGGGCAAGAUGAGGACUCAGCAGUAUCCCCACAUCCUUAUAACUUCUAUUGGACCUGAUGUGGUACAGCCUUUGCAUGUGAUUGUGAUAGUGGAUUAAAAAUUUUCUGGCAGUCCUAUAUAGUUUUGUGAGUAUUCCCUACCUGUCUGGUGCUGCCCACUUUCACCAUUUAUGCUGGGUUUUUGCCAUCUCAGCUUCACAUGGAAAACUAUUUGCCUCCCUUAUGUAAACCUUGUUAAAACUUGCCACAUCAAGCCUUCUCUCAGGCCUCAGUUUCACAAGUAUGAUAUAGUGGUUUCAAAGGCCUUGCUUCCUGAAAGGAGAGCUUUAGAAAUUAUUGCACAUGAGCCAUCGCAAAAAAGCAUGUGUGAUCUACCUCUCCACUGCCCUUUCACUGGAGGAUUACCAUAUUUACCCCAAUCCAAGCUGAGGUGUCCCCCCCCCCAAAAAAAACUUCUUUGAUUUUAGAAAUGCGGGAGGGGGGAUCUUAAAUCCAGAGUCCUCUGUCUUUGGGAUAAAUACAGGUAUAACCUCUAAUCUGCAUUUCAAAGGGGGUUGUGUUAAAUCCAGAGUCUUCUAUUUGAGUAAAUAUGGUAUUGUCCAUAAGGACUACCAAGGUAGUGAUCAAGACGCAAGAAGGGAAGGGAAACCUUCUAGGGCUAGUUCAUUACUACAGGCCAGCAAACAGCACUCUCCAUCGCAACAGGGCUGGCCCUCGGGUUUUUGGUGGCUGGUGCUGGUUAAGGCGGUAGUGUUGAUGAAAAGCUCCUCACUGGAGCUCCCUAGCAACUGCUGCUAAGGAAUGGAUAAGCUCAUCCCAGGAACCAUUAUCCUCAUGGACAGCACAUUCAAACCAUCGAGCUAGAGUGGGGUUACCAGCCACCGCAGGAAACUUGGAGGACACUGGCCCCAUCUAAUCCUGGGCGAUGCUUUGGGAUGGUUGGCAAAGAACUCAAACCAUUAAGUAGCUUAGAAACUCUUCACUCAGGGCUAAUAUGUUUUGUUUCAGGUAUUUUUACCUAUUUCGUACCCAGAGAGCUGGUAUGAUAAUAGGUUGCCAAGCACUAUCUAGAUAUGUAUUUUUCCACAAAUGUACAGAAUGUAUAGAAUCCGUAGUCAUGUCUGUAGUAUAAAAUCUGAUCCAGUGGAGCAUGGGAGGAGCUUGGAACCAUACAUUCUGCUGCGAAUUUUGGCAAAAGAAGAAUUUGAUAACAUUCCUUUUGAGUGGGAACUGUAGUUCUUUAAUCAGGGAGCGGGGCUAGCGAUCUCUAAACAGAGUUUUCAGCACCUUAUCAAACUUCAAUUCCCAAUCAUUUUGCGGGUUGGGGAGACAUGACAGGUGAAGUGGUAUCAAUAGAUAUAUAUUUGCCAUCUAGACAGAGCUUCAACCUUUUGAGAUACUUUGUAAUACUUUUUUCUUUCCCCUUAAGAUUAAUACUUGCUGUGCAAAUGUGAUUCCUAUCAAAAUGACCCCGUCUGUUCAUUUAACAAGAUGUUUGGAGCACAGGCUUUCAUCUGUUUUUUCAUUUAGAAUAUAUAGAUAAGAAAUCAAAACUGUUUUAAGUGAUUUUAAUGCUGUUUUAAUGAGCAGCCCUUUUUUGUAUGAAGUAGUUUGCUAGCUUGUGAACCAGCAGAUUUGCUCAACACAAAUAUAGACAUCAACCCCACCCCCCUUGAUGCAAUACUGAAACUUUGCAAUAGCCAUUAUGCAAUAUUUGGUAAAGUUUGGUUUUUGUCGCGUAUUUUUAACUACGUUUUUCUCAUGCCCUUUGUUCACAAAAAUAAAACAUGGUUGGAGGAAAAAAAAGUCA